AUUCUGCAACAAGUUUUUAUAUCAAGAAUGGAGUUCCCAGCAUGAUAUUAUUUGUACAUUCAAAAGAUAAAAUUGCCAGUUAGUUCGUACUGGAAAAUCAUAACGAAUUGUCUGUGUGUAAACAUUCACUAUAUUUAUUUUAUGUGAAAUGUUAGUUAAAACGAUAAUCGUUCUUGUUUUAUGGAAUCUUUAUCAUUUGGGUUUAGGAGAAAAUGCUACUGAAUUUCUAUCGCCCGUCUUGAAUCGUCCUAAUAAGAGAUUUACAAAUAGAUUUUCGUCUGGUGGAAAAUCUUAUUAUGUGGAUACAGUUUUCAAGACAAAUUUUUUCAAAGCAAUGCAGUUUUGUAGACAACAAGGAAUGCAACUGUUAAGUAUAAGCAGUAGAGAAGAAGAUAAUAGGAUUGGAAAUUUUUUGCGACAAAAUGGUUUAGCUCAUCGCCGAUAUUGGACGUCGGGAACAAAUUUUGGUGAUCGUAAUCAGUGGAUUUGGCUAUCGACUGGUCAAGAUUUCACUUUCACCAAUUGGCCUCCUGGAGAGCCUUCUUUCAAAAAUACUGACCACGAGGAGAAUUGUGUUGAAUAUCUAAGUUGGGGAAAGCCCCACAAUGGAUUUGCAUGGAAUGAUAUUGACUGCAUGAAGGAAUUUUAUUUUAUUUGUGAAUCGAGUAACGACUGCUCAACUGCUAAUAGAGAUUGAAUGUUUACAAAUGUUUAUAAUGAAAGAGGAAAGAGAACUUUACUAGUUUACAAUUAUGAGUAAAUAACCGCUUGAACCCAAAAUUUUUGUUUAAAUAUUUUUCUUGAUUUUUUAAUUAAUUAUUGUGCCUCAGUGGUAGCUUCUAUAGUAUGGCCACUUUACUUCACAGGGUGUCUCACAAAUAAUGUCAGUUUUCAUUUGUCACAAUGGGCUUAGAAAAUUUAGGAAAAGUAUAUUUUUUAACGGAAUUAAUUUCACAAGAAUAAUGGUAUUUAUUUAGUCGAUACGAUUAAUAUUAACAAACUUUAAAGUUUAGAAGUUUGGAUAUAUUUAGCGCCCGAGAUCUAUUCUACAUCAUCAGCGCCAAUUGUGUGGGAGAGCAGCCGGCCCGUUUGAAUGUAUCACUUAUUAAUUCAAUUCAGUUCAUGCUUGACAACUAUCAAAAGGUGUCAACCAACUUUCAUAAAAAAUGUAGUUUUAUAGAAAAAAGAAUAUUUUUUGACGAUUUUGUCAUGAACAUAAGACCGAUUUUAUUUUUUAAUUAAAAAAAUACUCAAGGGGUUAAAUUUGCUCCAUAUUAAACGUGUAUUUUAAAAAUAUUCAGAUCUGAAAAACCGGUAAUGCGAAAGUCGAUCGGCGCUGGUGACGUAAGCAAGCGAUAAGUGCGUUGCAAGAAGAAGUGAGGGCGAAGUAAUAAUAUUAAACCUUUGAAAAUUUACAUCAGCGCUAUUAUGAAUGCUAGAGACGUGCGAUGAAUUGCAAAAUUAAUGUUACGCUGUGCCCAAUCAUUUAAAAAUAUAAACGUUUCAAUUUAAACAUGUCUUAACUUGUUAAGACUAGUCUCCAAUAAGCUUGUAUCCACUAAGAAUAAAUCGGAUGGCUUUGAUUUUCUAAUGAUUAAGCAUGAUAAUAAGUACAUAAAAAAACAACUUUUCUACAAAAAUAAUAAAAGAUUAAUAAUAUUUUUGGAAAAUAAAAUCGACAAAAUGUGGCGUUUAAUCAAGUGACAUUGAAGAGCAAUCAGAAAACGUGACGUCAUACCUCGCGAAACGCUGUGUUGUAGCUGUCAUUUUCGUAUAAAGUGGCAAGAUUAUUUCGAGUUUUCAGUAAUUAUUGUUACAUUAUUAAAGUUCGUUUUGAGUUUAAUCUUGAAAGACAGAUAUAAUUUGCCAUGGAAUCAAGAUUUAACAAAGCAAACUUCAGUAAUUUGGCCAAAAUUUAAGUCUUUAUGCUUGACAAAUUUUUUGCAAUGAACACCCACUUUUGUUCAUCGUAAGUUCGCAGUGUUAAAACUUAUAUGUAAGUAUUAUGUGAAGAACAAACAAAGUCUUAUAUAAUUAGCAGUUACCAGUCAGAGAGUCGCAUUUAUCCACUGUGGAAUGAAAAUACUUUACUGAUUUUGAGGUUAGCGAAUACAAAGUUUCAAUAAGUUUCAAUGUUAUGUGUGGUAUAUUAUGGUAGAUUUUGUACAUUUAUAAAUAGAUACAUCAAGUUUUGUUUGAUAAUUACAUCAAAAUGAUCUUAAUAAAGAAAGAGCAUCUUGUCUUCUUGCCAUUUUUAACCACUUUCUUCCUAUUUCUUAAUUGUUUGAAACAUAAAUGAAUCAUUUGUAAGGCGUUUUUAUCAUUGUACUUUCACAUUGGGGCACUACAGAAUUUAUAAUACGAGGAAUUCAUUAUUUAUUAAAAAACACAAUUGACUUUCACAAACAAACACAGUUGUUUCGCGAGGUGUGACAUCAUUCAUGACGCCAUGACAGUCUCGGCCUUUUUCGCGGUCUAUUUCAAGUAGUUCAUUUUAAAAACUCAAAAUACUAACGUAAAAAACCUAUUUUUCUUAAUAUAAUAUAUUUUUGAGGUAAGCUAUAGUUUUAAACGAAUUUCCAAAUUUUGUCAACUAGCCUAUUCUAUGAACAAUUGCUUCACAUUCUCUCAAUCAUUCUCUCCUCAAAAUUGUUCCAGAUGUGCAAGCUAUCAAUGCUAAGGUUGCAUCAGGUUUCACUAGAGAAAAUAUCCAGGUUAACGGCAGUCAACGGCAAGUGUGUUUUCUUACAACGCGAUAAUACCGCAAAAAUUACGCUGAAAUCGAAGAACUUAGUAGUAUUGAAGUCCUACCACAUCCAGCAUUCAAACCGGGGCUCACACUAUCAAAUUGUAUAUAGAUUUGGAUUUAUUGUGUCCCUCUUUCUCGCUGCGAUACUGAAGGACCCAGCGUUUACAGAUGUUCCAUUAAUCCCACUCCUCUAAAAAAGUCUAGAAUGUGAGAUGGCUUUAAUUGUCAGAGAUCUUUAUUUUCUAUUUCUGUGCAAAAAAUCUGCACGCCGCAUUAUCUGCUAGGUCUAGCGUCUUCAGGUGUUUGUUGAAGCGACAGUGCCCCGAUAGAACUCCUGUUAGUAGGUUGAUCAAUUUAGCAGAAGAGUCUUUGCCUGUAGCCUCAGCCUCUGUAGGUUGGCCUAAUAAUUGGUUCUGCUCCUAUCUACCUCCUUUUACAGUGCUUUUUCCACUUCAAGGGUAAGUAAUAAUAUUAAUAUUUGAAAUUUUCACAAUUCUUGGGAUGUACUUAAAGCAAAUUCUUCAUGAGGCACUAAAUGAACGUUUUAGUGUCUUAUGUUAGUGACACAAGUAGUAUAUAGAAAAUUAGUUUUUGUUGUAAAGGUUCCAGAAACCUAAUAAAAACAGACAUUAUAUUUUCUUGAGGCUCAGAAAAAAGACUAUUUCAAACCUGUUGAUAAGCCGCUGUAUUAGGCAACUAAGAACGACAGAUGUUAUGUCAAUACAGACAUAACAUCCAUCCCAAGCCGUCUAAUUGACCUCCAAGCCCGCUAUGUGAUUUGUACCAUCGAAUCAAAAAACGCCCUAGCUCAACAAUAUAUGGCCCCUCGGCUCAAAGCCCAAAAAGAAACUCCUUUAUCCUCCCUGAAAUCUAUCUCAACUCCUUUGUCAACUCUCCCAUAUCCAUAAGAUUGAGUCCCUAUCUCAUCACUCCGUCAAUCGUCGGUAUUGCAGGUUUUCAACGGUCUCCUUGUAACCUGGUCAACCGGUUCACCAGCCAAAUGGAAAUGACAGAGAAUAAUACAGCCGCUGCUAUACCCGCCCACCCCCCAUUUAAAAUUUUGCAAAAAUAACAUAAAACUUUGAAAAAGAAAUAAAAUAAAAUCAAAACCGAGAAUAACCGUUUUUACUUACUAAAGCUCUCUUUUCGUUUUCUUCUGGCAAAUAUCAUUCGCUUUUCCUUCUAUCCAGCCAGGACAGCAAAAACAGACCCACGCAACCUACACAAUCUCAACCGUGCAGAGGAGCAGCUCCUAUAUCAGGGCCAACAACAGACCAAACAAAAUUUCCCUUAUCUUACCUAAAAAUUUUCCAACGAAUCUUUCUCUCUCUCGGUCGCUCCAUAAAAUUGGUAUUUUUAGUUUGAUGUUCAGUUUGGAAGCGAGAUUUCAAAUUUUUU